AUGGCGGACCAAUUCCUCGGCUUCGAUCUCAGCACGCAGCAACUCAAGGUCGGUUCUGACCUCAAAUUGAUCCACGAAGCCAAAGUCGACUUCGACGCCGACCUCUCUCACCAUGGCAUUGAGAAGGGUGUCCUCACGAACCCUGCUGAGGGCGAGGUCUUCGCGCCCGUCGCGCUCUUCCUCGAAGCCAUUGAUCUUGUUCUCCAGCGGCUGAAAGAGCAGGGCGCGCAGUUUGGAAAGGUGCAAGGCAUUUCGGGCGCGGGCAUGCAGCAUGGGACUGUUUUUUGGAGCCGGGAUGCGGAGAGCAGAUUGGCGAAUUUGGAUGGAGCGAAGACGCUGGUCGAGCAGUUGAAGGAGGCAUUUAGUCAUCCGCACAGUCCAAAUUGGCAGGAUGCGAGUACGCAGAAGCAGUGUGAGGGCUUUGAUACGGCGUUGGGGAGUGAGGCGAAGUUGGCGGAGGCGACGGGAAGCAGUGCGCAUCAUAUUCAACGAUUCCAGGAGAAGUAUCCUGAGGCAUACAAGGCGACUUCGCGGAUAUCGCUUGUAUCCUCGUUUCUGGCGUCUGUGUUCCUUGGAAAGGUAGCUCCGAUUGAUAUCAGCGAUGUGUGCGGCGCAAAUCUAUGGGACAUCAAGAACGGACAAUGGCAAGAAGAUCUCCUAGCACUUGCGGCAGGAAAAAGUGCCGGAGUUGAGGACCUCAAGGCAAAACUUGGACACGUACCAGAGGACGGCGGCGCAAGCUUUGGGACCAUCUCGCCAUACUUCAGUAAACGGUACGGCUUCCCCCCGUCGACACAGGUCAUAGCCUUCACUGGCGACAACCCGGCAACGAUCCUGGCCCUCCCUCUCCGAGCUUCAGAUGCUAUUGUGUCUCUCGGAACAUCAACGACCUUCCUCAUGUCGACAAAUCAAUACAAACCUGAUCCAGCAUAUCACUUCUUCAACCACCCAACCACGGCAGGGAACUACAUGUUUAUGCUGUGCUACAAGAAUGGUGGUCUCGCUCGCGAGCACAUCCGCGACGCUAUCAACAAGACAUCUAGCACCACCGACAAAUCCUGGGACGCAUUCAACAAAACCGCCCUUUCCACGCCCGCCCUCGGCCAAUCCCAGCCCACCGACCCUAUGCGUCUAGGCCUCUUCUUCCCCCGCCCCGAAAUCGUGCCCAACGUAAAAGCAGGAACAUGGCGCUACCUCUACACUCCCUCUUCAUCCGACCUCGCCCCCAUCUCAGACUCCAGCUGGCCCAUCCCCACCGCGGACGCCCGCGCCAUCCUCGAAUCCCAAUUCCUCUCUCUCCGCCUGCGCUCCCAAUCCCUCGUCAACCCCCAGGGCCACCUCCCCGCCCAGCCCCGCAGAAUCUACAUGGUCGGCGGCGGCGCUGUCAACCCGGCCAUUGCAGAGCUCGCAGGUCAAGUCCUCGGCGGCACAGAGGGCGUGUUCAAGCUGGAAAUCGGCGGGAAUGCGUGCGCCCUGGGCGGCGCGUAUAAAGCUGCGUGGGGGGUGCAGCGCCAGGCAGGGGAGAAGUUUGAGGAUUUCCUUGCUGAUAGGUGGAGUGAGGAGAGCUUUGUGAGGAAGAUAUGUGAUGGGUAUAGGGAGGGCGUAUUUGAGAAGUAUGGAGAGGCGUUGAGUGGGUUCGAGAAAGUGGAGGCGAUGGCGAUUAGGGAAGCUGGGCAGGCAGCUGGAGAGGAGGGUGUUGCGAGGGGUGUGCAAGCUUAA